AUGUCGUUUGCAAGAUCUCGCUUGUUUUGUUGUAUUUUCACUUACGUGUAUUUGAAGAUGUCGUCCAAACGAAAAGUAUUGUUGAUGGGCAAGAGCGGAUCGGGAAAGACCAGCAUGCGUUCAAUUAUAUUUGCGAACUAUAUCGCCCGUGACACAUCUAGAUUAGGGCCAACAAUGGAAGUGGAGCAUGCACAUGUUCGAUUUCUCGGAAACCUUGUUUUACAUUUGUGGGAUUGCGGUGGACAGGAAACGUUUAUGAAUAAUUAUUUGUCUUCACAGAAAGAUCAGAUUUUUAAGAACGUUCAGGUUUUGAUCUAUGUGUUCGAUGUGGAAAGUAGAGAGUUUGAGAAAGACCUCGGCUAUUAUCAGUCUUGCCUCGAAGCCCUCUUACACAAUUCUCCCAAUGCGCAGGUGUUCUGCUUAAUUCACAAAAUGGACCUUAUUGAAGUUGAUCAUCGAGACAAGACAUUUGAAGAUCGCGCCGCCCUUGUUUUGAAGUUCAGCGAGCUGGCGGCAGGUGCAGACCGUGCGAAUGCCGUUUGCCAAUGUUUCCGCAGUAGCAUAUGGGAUGAGACUUUAUAUAAGGCAUGGUCGGCAAUAGUGUAUAAGCUAAUACCCAAUGUAAGCAUUAUGGAACAGAAGCUGAAACAAUUUGCUGAGAUACUUGAUGCUGACGAGGUGAUGCUAUUUGAAAGAGCAACUUUUCUUGUGAUCGCUCAUGCAGAGAUGACUGAACAUCGCGAUAUGCAUCGAUUUGAGAAAGUUUCAAACAUAAUCAAGCAGUUCAAACUGAGUUGCAGUAAAAUGGGCUCUCAGUUUGAAUACAUGCAUGUGAGGAAUAGCCACUUUGCUGCUUUUAUCGACGCCUUUACACCGAAUACGUUUAUUAUGGUUGUACUUGCCGAU